AUGGAGGCAACGAACUUGGCUUUAUCUCCACGAGAGACUCUUAAAUCUCGACCUGAACAUAAAUCUAUGGAUAUAAACAGCAAACCUAAUCAAGUAGGCACAGUUCUCCUAUAUGGCGUUCCAAUCGUCUCCUUAGUGAUUGAGGGGAACGAGCGUCUUUGCCUCGCCCAGAUAUCGAACACAUUAUUGAAGCAGUUCUCAUAUAAUGAGAUUCACAACAGGCGGGUUGCUUUGGGCAUCACGUGUGUACAGUGCACUCCAGUGCAGUUGGAGAUUCUGCGUCGGGCAGGAGCUAUGCCUGUGUCGUCAAGGCGAUGUGGUAUGAUAACACGUAGAGAAGCGGAGAGGUUGUGUAAAUCAUUUCUUGGUGACAACGCACCACCUCGGCUUCCGGAUGACUUUGCGUUUGCUGUUCAUCACGAAUGUGCUUGGGGCUGCCGUGGAGCUUUUCUGCCUGCCCGGUACAACUCAUCCAGAGCGAAAUGCAUCAAAUGCACCUUAUGUGGUCUUUUCUUCUCGCCGAACAAAUUUAUAUUCCACUCUCACCGCGUGGGGCCGGGUGAUAAAUAUGUUCAGCCUGAUGCUGCUAAUUUUAACUCCUGGAGACGGCACAUGAAGCUCAGUGGAAAUCCACCCGUUGAAGUGGUCCACGCGUGGGAGGAUGUCAAGGCCAUGUUUAAUGGUGGAACCAGAAAGAGGAUGCUAUCUGCUGCUAGAAGGUUGCCUAUUCGCAGGCCGGAGGAGAGCGAAGCAAAGCGUGUUCCAGCUAGUCCACCGAAUGCGCAUACGCCGGUACCGAGAUUGGCGGAUUACGUUUGGGGAGCAAGACUGCCUCUUCCCUAUGCUCUUCCAUGGCUGAAGCCCAGUUUGUGGACACCAGGGGCAUUAACAGCGUUAAGUGGAGUGAGUAGCAUGGACGAGCCGCGCGCCUUCCGUCCCGUCAUCACACAUCGUGUUGACUCUCCACAAAUAUCACCGCUAACAUCAUCAUCGCGUUCACCUAACAGCAGAUCGCCCAUAAACAAAUCGCCAAACAGUCGAUCGCCACUUCUGUCCCCAUCUCGCUCUCCGCUUCGCUCACCGCUCCGUUCAUCGCCUGCUCGGUCCACAAAAAGCGACCGUGACAGCGACGAAAGCGUGGAUAUAGAGACCACUGAAGAUGACCAGAAUAAGGAAGUGCAGUGCACAUGGCCAUGCCGUUCAAGUACAGCCCGAGCAGAGUGUUGGAGUGCGCUGGUGCCUAAGGUCGAACGCGAAGAGGAACCCUGGCGGCUGCCAGACCUUCGGCCUCCCGUACGCUUCUUGCAUGACCGAGAGCGAGAUGGAUGCGCUGCUUGCGUUGCGCCUCUCCCGUUACACCCUACUGCACCAACUCACACCCACUAGCAUCUCUAGCCAAUAAUAUAAAAAGCAAUAAUUUAGUUCACGCUUAAUUUGUAGAUAAUUAACAUUAAUAGAUAAAAUACAUUAACAGGCCUCAAACAGUUGUCACAUUUAUUAGUGAAAUGCUAAUGAAAAAACCCCACCUUACACAGUUGGUUUAUUUCUUGAUUAUUGUUCUUAGGCAGACCUAGUAGUCACGUCAGGGACGGCUUAAUGAUACUUUAAGUUCUAUAAAAAUAUGUAGGAUGCGAUGUAUAUUCAUAAUAUACAGUGGCCGAAUUGUUGAUGCGAUGAUUGUUUUGGAGGCCACUCUUGUACACGAGUGUAUACCGUAUAAAAACAAAUAAUUGCUUUCUGAGAUUAUGAAGAAUGUUGAAAUCUUUACAAUAAGAAAGUAGGUAGAGAUUGUUUGGAACGAAAUAACAUCAAGUACUCGAUAUAAUGUGUAUAUAGCAAUAUCUAUGAUAAUAUUUUCUAGUCAUAAUCACCAUAGCGCGCAAUAAUAGUUAUAUUUAUUUUAAUAAUCGGAUCUAGUCAGUCAUUUGUGUAGAAACA